UUUUUUUUUUUUGAGACGAGUACAGGUCGUGCUGCAAUUAGUUCAUUGAAAACUCAGUUGCUCUUGGAGCGGUCGGACAGACUGCUCUGUGCUUUUCUCCCGGUGUUUGCAAAGAUCGCCUAUAGAGAACUACGACAAUGCCCAAAAGAAAGGCUGCAGUUCAAGGCGAUGUGAGCCAGGAGCCAAAGAGAAGAUCAGCCAGAUUGUCUGCUCUGCCUCCGCCUAUUAUACCAGAGGUGAAGCCAAAGAGAGGAACUCCACGGAAAAUGAAGACAAAAAAUGACAUGAUGGAACAAAACACAGAUACAAGUGCCAAUGCAAUUGCUGAAACCAAGCAAGAAGAAAUUGUUCCACAAGAAUCCAGUAAAAAUGGAGAAUCCAAAAUUGUAGAGGCACCAGCUCCUGAAGAAGAAAUGGAGGAAACAAAAGAAAAAAUUGAACUUGUUGAAGAAGAGGGAGGAGAAAAUAUAAAAGCAGCAGAAGAAGGAAAAGAAGGUGAAAAGGGAGAUGAAGAUCAAGACAAAGAAGAAAGGGGAGAAGAUGGAAAAGAAGAGCAAGAUGAAAAGGAGAAAAAAGAAGACAGAAAAGAGGAUAAAGAUGGAAGCAAGACAGUAGAAGAUGAAAAAGAGGCGGAAGACCAACAAGAGAAAGGAGAUGAGAAAGAUGAUGAAGAGGAAAAAAGGAAAGAAGCAGAAUUAAAAAAGGAUGAAUUUGGAAAACAGGAUAAGGAUGGAAAAGAGGAUGGUGAUCAAGAUGGGAAACCUGGCAAAAGCAAAGAAGAUGAAAAUGAGGAAGAAGAGAAAAAAGAUGAAAGUGGAAGAAUUGAAGAAGAUGGAAAGGAGAAAGAAGACAGUGAAGGAGAAGAAGUCGAAGAAACAGGCAGUGGAAAAGGAGAUGAGGAAGAUGGAGGAGAUCAAGAGGGAGAUGAAAGCAAGGCUGAAGCUGGAAAAGAAAUCGAAGCUGAAGAGGUCAAAAAAGAAGACGGAGAAAAAGAAGAGUCUCUGAGUUUUGUUUAAAACUGCCCUAUAGUUUCAUAAUUUGGUAAUAUGUACCUUCUUGUUGUAAUGUUAAUAGAGAUAAAUAUUUUUAUCAAAUAUUUUAUAAGCCCAACUUUUCUUUAGCUUCAGUUUAAUUUCAGAAUAUCUUCAUAUUGAUUAUUAGUCACAAAAUUCCUAACAUGAAGCCUUUAUCUAUAAAUUUUGUGAUUAGAAUAGUGGAAUAUAUACAAAAUAUGCUAAAUUUGCCAAUAAAUUCUGUGUUGUAUAAGUUAUGUGUUACAUCUUUGAAUUCUGAUGAGCUCCUAAGUAUGUGAUAAAGUCAUGAGUUAGGGGAAUCCCAAAAGAAAGUUUCAUGCAGCAUUCUCGUGGUUCUCUAGAUUGCUUUUAUAAAGAAGGUGAACUAUUUUCAUGUGAUGCUAAGAGUUAGUUAUCUUUCCCUAAUAUUAUUGUCUUAGGAAAAAUAAAAGUUGUAAUCUCAUUUUAAAAAGAAAUACAAAUGUUUAUUUGAGAAGGGCAGUUUUGGUUCUAUGUGUAUGAACAAAAUUCUAUUGCCUUUAUCCUAAUAAAAAUGACUCUUCAAAGAUGA